AUGAAUUCGGGCAGAAUGAUCAUGAGCGAGAUUCCCGUUCAGGCUACCUCUGCUCACUCAAUCUCUUCAAUCCCGAAAAAGGUUUUUUCUGUCCGCGCUAGCCCACAGCAAUUGUCUAUCCUCCGUGAAGCUUUCGCACAAUCCCAUACACCACAAGAUCUGAAGUAUUUGGCCACCGAGACGGGCCUGUAUGUUUCUUUGUUUCCUCAUUUCUUUAAACAGAAGUCUCUGAUUAGUUCAAGUACCGAGAAAUGGAUUUCUGGAUGGCUCCAACGCGAGAGACGGAAACUCAAAAAGAAGGAUUUUUCCUUGAUGAAAGAGGAAUUUGAAGACCCAAGUCUUGUAGUGACUCGGAAUGGCACCUCAGAGGACAGGCUCACUACUGACUCUGAAGCAACGGACAAUCCACUUUCUCACUCUGGUAGGCCUCCCAAAAAAAAGGCGAAGACCUUGCGCCAGAAGCGGUCUCUGAUAAUCAAGAUGGAGGACAUUGAGGAUACUUUACCACUGCAUUCCAUUCCCACUUCUGUUUCGUCUGCACGCGUCCUUUCUGGUCAUGCACAGUCUGGGGACAUAGUCGACGCUAGGGAUCAAGUGCAUAUACCUGCCUCAACUCCAUCAAACCCUAGGCAACCACCCAAGCGCGGCCGCAAGAAGCAAAACCCAGUCCUGACAUCAAAGGCAACGACCGUUACUGCAGAAGAUGGUGCUCAACUCAAAGAUGCGAGGCUGGAAAUUGUCCGGCAUGCUGAAUCUAUCCUUAAGACCUUAUCCCCCAGCGAGUCUUCGACCAAGGUUACUGACUUGAAAGAAGUACCAGAAUCUGCUUCCAUGACAUCGUCAACUGAGCCGUUCUUUCUCGAUCCGCUACUUCCCCCCACGCAUCUGUCUCGAUAUCAACCGACGGAAACCGUCGCCACUAAUCUUGGUGAGGUGGUACCGAAACCUACUCUUUCCGGUUCAUCAAUGGCGCCCUCCUUCACACCAUUAUUUCCCUUACCUAGAACUAUCACGCUUCCUACGCUUCCUCAGAUUCUGGAUACGCCUUCAAGCAUCAUACGAGGAAUUCAAGCGACUUCGAAUGUCCACCCACACCUUCAAUCGCGCCAGGUUGAUGUCACUCCCCUUUCACGACCGUAUCGCGGCCAUGUUCGGCGACAACCACAUUCACACCUAAACGAUUGUGGUCAACCCAAACUAGAAGCUCUUCCAGAGGUCCUGAAUCCAAACCUCACACCUCUGAAGCAUCUCACUAUGUUAAGGAAGAGGAUUGCAAAUGGAUCGUUAUCGAUGCCUAGUGGUAAUGGAUGCCGGAAUAUGAUGGAGGUCUUGUUGGACGAACGAUUGACAAGUGAUGAUCCUUUUCAGGCGGCAAUGGGUUUGGUGUUUUUGUCUCGUUUGGCCCAAGCAGUAAGGCAAAGAUAGUUUACACGAGUAUGCAACACAACGUUCACGGAAUUACAAGAAAAAACCUGUACUGUAUCGAACGGGUCGCAUCCGAUUUCAAUGGAUAAUGGACUAUAAAUCUUAUCCACCUUUUCGUCUCUCGUUCGCCAUCUCAGCUCACUCCACC